AUCUGUUUCUGGUGGCCAUCACACGCGCUAGAAAAACAGUACUCUUUCAGAUUCCGAGCCGUUCACAACGGGCUGCGCGUUGGUCGUGUGUUAUUUCAGGAAGUGCUACUUCCGCCAGUGUGAGUGUGUGACAAAUUCGUCCCGCCUAACUAAUUAGAGCAUCGCCAGCAAGGAUUAAAUGGCUAAGAUGAAUUAUUUAGUGUUCUUGCUAUUAUUCGGAUGCCAGUUGCUUACCAGAGCUGAUGACCUGCUCGAUUCGGAGGAACCACCAGAGGGCUACUAUGCAUUCAUCGAGUCGCCGUCUGCCGUUCCGCCAAAGGUUCGCUCCCCGCCCUAUACUCACAUCAACAUCGACUGCAAGGAUGCCACCAACCCCAAGCCAUACGUUUCCGCGAACAAUCUCUGCGGAGAUCUGAACAAGGGCAAAAUUCCACGCAACCCAAUGCGUCAGAGCGUAAUGGGGGAGCCUUAUCCUUUUGAGCUGAUUAGAAAUCAAACACUAAAGUUUUUGUCGAAAACUUUACCAGUGUUGAAGGCCGAUGAUACUCCCAAGGUUACUCAGAUCAUGCCAGAUGAGACUGUUGAUCAGUUUGACGACAAUGGAAUUGGUCGUCGAAUGGGUAAAGUCAUGCGAAUGACCGAAGAUCGCAGAGAUGAGGAGGAACCCCGAACACCGAGGAAGUUCUGCGACGGUGGCGGCGUAUUCUGCGCUCUUUAUCGAGCUAUUCAAGGUGAACCAAUCAGUAGCAAACUGGUCGCUGAACGACGUGAAGAAAUCCCAAGUGCCUACGCUCCUCCUCCACCGCGAUAUGACGGACCCCCCACACCUUGUCCAGCCAAGGUUGAGUAUGCUACACCGGUGUUCGCUAAGAACUACCAGGGCUCGUGGAGAUACGUCGUCCAAAUUCCAUACGAGGGAUACUUUACUCAAACCGUUGAAGUGACUCGUUGUCUCCAGGCUCGUUGUCAUUAUCUAGAUGGUGGCUGUUUGUCGUCUCCUCGUUGGGUUAGCUUGCUUGUCGCCGAAAUUUUCUAUCCGAAUGCAGAGGAAUUCACUACUUCGACAUCUACAACCACUGCCCCAUCGAUUCAAGAUUUCCAAGCUUACCAGCAAUAUCUGCAAAAGCGAGCGGGACUUCCCACUGGUGCCGAUAGUGGAUCGUAUGAAAACACCAGCAAUCACGCAACUCGCAAGAGCGAUCAACAUUGCGACGGACACGAUGAGAUUGGGUGCUUCCAAGUUCGCUUGUACUACGAUUGGUUCCUGAUACCCGGCUCUUGUAAAUGCUGGAGACCCGAUUAUUUCGCAAAGUACGUCCGAAAGCGGCCAACUCCUGAACUGUAAAACUCGAUUUAUAGCUGCUGCGCCCAUAAGAUAGAUGUCGCGUACGAGUGUUGAAUGGACUGCAACUUUAUUUAUUUAUUUAUUUUAUCAUAGCUUAUGUAAAUGCUAGAGCGUAAAAUGGAAAUUCAAGUUGGAGCUUAUUCGGGUAAAACAUUUGAAGGCGGUUCUGUGGACACUUUCUGGCGUGAUCCGGGACGUGUUUAAUCUCUCUUACUUUCAAAGCAGAAGAAUUCUCUCUUCUACUCUCAACUUUCCGCUGGUUAUGGUGUUAUUGGGACAACAAUCGCUGCAAUGAGCCAUCGAAGGCAUCCAUUGAGUCGGAUUUAUUUUUAGUUCUCAAGUGAUCUAGAAAUAUGACUGACAACACUGAUCUGCAAAACAGUACUAUACAUUAAACGCUCUUUAUAAGAAACUAUAGGGUAAGCUACAAUAGGUAUCUUUUAAAUGUGCUCUACUCGUCUACUAGAGUCUGAAUCAGCAGAAGCAAUGAAAGAGAAAUAAUUUGUAAAUAUAAAUAUUUUAAAAAUA